AUGGAGGCACUCAAGUCUCUCGUGCAGCCCUUCGUGGGCAACGUCGCUAGCAACUCCGUCGUCGACGGUAUGAAGCUCGUCGUCCUCGGUGGGACCGUCGAGACCGCCCGUCGCGUCUCCAGCUCAGCCUGGUUCGCUUCCUUCCCACACUCGUCGUUCUUCCUCACCGCCCAUUUCUCCGAGGAGGACUACCCGUAUGAGUGGCUGAUGCUAUGGCUCUCCCGCCGCCCAGAGUGGCAGCGCUCCCGCGAGUUCGAGACCACGACGAGCUCCUCGAACCAGGGCUCCUGGGGCUAUCGCGAAACUGACAACUCGUUCACGGACGAGGACGACGGCGACGACCCCGACGCCGCCCCCGGCAAAACCCGCACCCGCGUCGUCUUCCAGCCCACCGCCGACACCACCCACACCAUCUUCUACCGCGGGCACUGGCUGCGCGUGCGCCGCGGGCGCAAGAGCAACGGAUACGAGAUGCUGUCCAUCAGCGUGGUGGCCAGGAACAACUCGAUCCUGAAGCAGCUCGUGCUCCAGGCGAAGAAGGAGUACGAGGCCGAGGCCGUCCACCGCAUACAGAUCUAUUUCGCAGACUCGUACGGCAGCUGGCGCUGGACCGACUCGCGCCAUAAGCGGCCCAUGUCCUCCAUCGUCCUCAACCCCGGCGUAAAAGAGAUGCUCAUCUCGGACACGCACGACUUCCUAAAGUCUGAAAAGUGGUACGCGGAUCGCGGGAUUCCAUUCCGCAGAGGUUAUUUGCUUUACGGUGUCCCAGGCUCCGGCAAAUCGUCGCUUAUACACGCCAUCGCCGGAGAACUGACGCUCGACAUCUACGUCGUGUCGCUCUCGUCGUCCUGGAUCAACGACAGCACGCUCACGACGCUCAUGGGCCGGGUGCCCUCGCGCUGCAUCGUGUUGCUCGAGGACCUCGACGCCGCGUUCACGCGCUCGCUCACCCGCACGGACAAGAAGAAGGAACAGGCGAACGACAAGAGCUCCGAGACGGAGGACAACAGCGAGUCGUCGAGCUCGCACGGCCGGGGCGGUAGGCGGAAGCACAAGGAGCAGCUCUCCGACGUAAACACGCUCAGCCUGAGCGGUCUGCUCAACGCCCUCGACGGCGUCGCCGCUGCCGAAGGCCGGAUCCUGUUCGCCACGACGAAUCAUCUCGAGCGCCUCGAUCCCGCGUUGUGUCGUCCGGGCCGAAUGGACGUCUGGGUUGAAUUCAAGAAUGCUUCGAGAUGGCAGGCGGAGGCGCUCUUCCGCAACUUCUUCCCGUCGUCCGACACUGACCUCGCAGCCCCGGCCAUCGAUGGCGACCUCGACGGGCUCGAGAUGCCGAUCCCUCCUUCGCCUGCGUCCAGCACGCUCAGCUCGCUCUUCUCUGAUGCCCUGUCGGGCAUAUCCACUGCGUCGAGCGGCUCGGGCACACGCUCGCCAUCGACGCCGUCGUCCGCUUCUGCUUCCAGGGCAGGUAGCAGACGCAGUGACAGCGUCAGCCGGCCGUCAGGCGCCGGGGCCAAGAACGAGGCCUAUCUCCCCCCAGCGAUCGAGGAAGAUAUCGCGGCGUGCGCGCAUUCGGCACCACCCUUGAGCAGCAGCCGCCUCGCGGAGCUCGCAAAGGAAUUCGCGGAUUCGAUCCCGGACGAGGAGUUCAGCGUCGCCGCGCUGCAAGGCUACCUUCUCAAGAACAAGUCGCGCCCGCAGAAGGCGGCGGCGGAGGCCGCCGCUUGGGUCGUGAGCGAGCGCGAGUUGCGCGAGAAGCUCAAGAAGGAGAAGGAAGUCAAGGAGAAGGAGAAGAAAGAAAGAGAGGCCAAGGAACGCGAAGAACAGGAGAAGAAAGAGAAGGAGGACGCCGCGAAGGCUGCCGCCGCCGGUCCAGCUGUUGCCGCCGCUGCCGCCACCACCAUCACCACCGUUGUUGCCGCCGAAGUCGUGAACGACGAAAACGCGGCGCCCGAACCGGCGUCCGAGACUCCUUUGAGCCCGAUCGCGGACGACAGCGGCACCGACGAGAACGACGACGACGCGGUCGUCUUCUCGGCCGUCGUGACCUCGCCUUCGGACGUGUCCUGGAACCGGGUCGCCGACAGCACGACCUCGAAUUGACUAUCUUCUGACUCGGGUGCCGAGCCCGCUGCUGCUGCUGCUGCUGCUAGUGCUGCUGACGCCACCCCGCCUUCUGCUGUUCCUGCGAUGGACUCGACGCCUCCUUUAGCGAUGGUGCCGGUGCCGGUGACGGCUCUCGUGCUUCCCCCUCCUGCUGCUGACUCUGCUGCGCUGAGCAGGCGGCAUAGUGGGGGCUACGCUGCGGCGCAGCGUCUGCUCGCCCUUCCCCUUGUGUAUUCUCUCCUCCGGAUCCACGACGCUUUUCUUCAGCUGUAUGCUAUGCUCUUGCGACUCGCCUUCCUGCUCCGCGGGCAGGCAUAGAUGAUCUCCUCGUUGGCCUGCCCCUCCGCGAGCUAUUCCCGUUCCCGUGAUGAUGAUGACUACUACUACCCCCUUCCACGACCCUGUUCUUGUUUGUAUAACUCACUUUUUUUGCGAGCGUCUCCUUUUUUUUCUAGUGAUCUGACAGGAUCUGAUCGCGCGGUGCAGGUUUUCCUUCCAUGGGACUCCUCCCGCGCGGUCUUCGUGAUAUAAAGAAACGAACCAGUGAAGCUACCUACGUCCCGUCUCGCCUUCCUUCCUCUCUUCCCCUCUAUUUUCGUUUUUGCUCUUCGCAACGCACUACACCUUUCCUUCUGCUUUGGACAUAUAAAUCUUUCCCCAACCUCUCCUCUGCUGCCCCAUCGUGUACAUUCCGGAUCCAUCGCCUCAUCUCACAGCCUCUAUCACCACCACUACCACCACCAUCCACACGCACGCACGCACACCCCCAAGUUUCCCGUUCCGCUCUCCAUCCUGUCGUCGAGUAAUACCUGUCAUGCGUUUUUUUUUGUCGUGUUUGUUUGCUGGAAUCUGGAUCGUUUUUGAAUCGUUGUUUGUACAUUGUCUAUCUACGUUUUUUUUACGUUGCAAUUUUUUUUUACGGUUGGUUAGGUGCUUGUGGAUAACGUGAUGACGAGCCCGUGUUGAUAUUGUU